AUGAAUUAUCAUUUGAAUAAAAAAAAGAGCCACUUAUUUUUAUUUAAAAUUCUGGCACUUAUACUCGUGAUUUUUAUGUACUAUUUUCACAAUGAGAGUAAUUAUGAAAAAUCAUAUAAUGAGAUCCACAAUUUUCAAGACAUUCUUGAUUGGAAAAAUAGAAGGUUAUUAUCAAGCCAUGAGCAUAAAGGAUGUAAACCUAACAUUUUAAAAAGAAUAGAUAAACAUUUUGAAAAUAAAAUUUUCUCUUUAUAUAAUAAUGUAGCUAAAUUAGGAGAUCAAGAAAAUUAUAACCCUAAUGAAUUAAAAACAAAAAUUGUGAAAACACUUUUUAUAGUAAUGAGAUCUCCCCUUAUAGUUUUUCUAUUAGCAUCAGUUUUAAUGGCUAUUGGGAAAUUUUUUAAAUAUUAUCCUACCUUGGUAGCGUUUCCACUUCUUAUAACUAGUUUACUGAUGGGUAUGUAUAUUUUUAUUAAAAGCCUUAAAUUUUUAUGGAAUGAUGCAUCAGAAUAUUUAAAAUCAUUAGACAAACAAUUACUCCAUUAA